CUUAGAUUAACUAUGUUUGUUUUAAAAAUUGUAUAAAUAGGUAAAAAUCCCAAAAAAAAAAAUAUUAUUUGAAAAAAAUAAUAAUAAUGACUUCAAAGAUUAUCUUAGUUCUCAGUGUUGUUACUUUAGCAUUUGGUCUAUCCAAUGCGGCUUUGUCUUGCUAUUCUUGCUCAGGCAAAGGUUCAGACUGUCCCAAACAAGCAAGUGAAGAUGAUUUAGGCAAAAUGAACAAAGUUGGUUGUGAAUCUACUUUGAGUACUGUUUGUGCUAAAUAUUCCAUAGAUCUACUUAAUGGCGAGUCUUACACCUACAGAAGCUGCGAACCCAGGUACAUUGGAGGUAUUGCCUCAAAUGGAACUGAAUUUUGUAAUUUUAUCAAGGAGCUUUAUGACCCAAUUGUUAAUGAAGGUCUUGUAGGCGGUUCUGUAUGUCAAACUUGUAGAACUCUAGAUUGUAAUACAUAAACUUUAAGUUUACUUUGUAAGGUGCCAAAUUAUCUUUUCAUUGGGUAGUUAUAGUGUUUAGCUAAUUAGAUUGUAAUCGGACUUGAAAAUUUCGCAAAAGUUAUUUAAGGAAUUGUUUUCUUCCAAGCCAAGUACUGGAAGUACUUCAUAAUAUCAACACACACAUGUCAUUAUCAUUAUGUUCAUUCAAAUUUUGAAGUUAAAUAAACAUUUAUUAAAAAAGUAUAUUCAGAGUUUUUG